AUGCCUCCAGGAAAUGUGGUAGACCCAUGGCUCGCUGGUCGCCGCUUUGGCAUAGUUGUCGACGCUGGUUCGUCUGGCUCCCGACUACAAAUCUAUAGUUGGACGGACCCUCGCUUGGUACAGUCUGAAAAAGGGACCAGGAUACCGAACUCUUUGCCCAAGGUCGAUAAAGGGACGAAGGAUGGUGAAGGGUGGGUGAGCAGGAUACAGCCAGGAAUAUCGUCCCAUGCAGACGAUCCAGAGACCGUUGCGCUGCACUUAGCACCUCUCUUGAACCAUGCACGCGAGACCAUUCCACCGUCAUUGCACCACGAAACUCCUUUGUUUCUGCUGGCAACCGCUGGGAUGCGCUUGCUUUCCCCCGAGAAACAAGCAACACUCCUGCUUCAUACAUGUCAUUUCUUACGACAUCAUUCGGACUUUCGCAUUGAAGAACAAUCUGAGGCUGGACCAUGUGGAACGAGCGUCCGCAUUAUCACUGGUGAAGAAGAGGGACUUUUUGGCUGGAUAGCGGUUAACUACCUUAUGGACGGGUUUACGGGUUCAAGCGCGGAUAAGACGACAUACGGCUUCUUGGAUAUGGGAGGUGCAUCGACGCAAAUAGCGUUUGAGCCCAGCAAGGAACACCAGGGAGAUACGAAGAACCUCAUUGACGUUCGCCUGCGUUUACUGAGCGGCCAAGAAAUCCAUCAUAAAGUCUUCGUCACGACUUGGUUGGGUUACGGUACAAACCAGGCCAGGGAGCGCUAUGUCGGGAAAGCGAUCAACGACUACGAGGCGAAGAACGAUCCAGCGAGGGGCGAUACUAUUCCAGACCCUUGUUUACCAAAGGAUUUGCAGCUAAUAGAGGAGCCAAUACACCAGGGAAUGUCAACUUCUCACACUCGGAAGCAGCACAAAAUGCUCGGUACUGGUUCCUUCGAGCAAUGCAUGAAGAGCACGUCUUCGCUCCUUAACAAACAAGCGCCUUGUCCAGACACACCUUGCCUUAUGAACGGCAUCCACGUUCCCCCAAUCGACUUCUCCGUAUCCAAAUUCAUUGGCGUCUCCGAGUACUGGUACUCCUCAGAACACGUCUUUGGUCUUGGGGGUCCCUACGACUUCGUGCAGUACGAACGAGCUGCGUCAAAAUUCUGCUCAAGGGACUGGGCAGGUAUCGUAAAGGAACAUGAACAUUCCCGGGCGCAAGAUCGAUUAGGCGGCGACGGUGAGGUUGCUCAAAAGGAUGGGCAAAUCGUCGGUGUGGGUCAAUGGGGACCAGAGGUAGAACUGUCGCGGCUGGAGAUGCAGUGUUUCAAAGCGGCUUGGGUAGCUAAUGUCCUGCAUGAAGGUAUAGGCAUGCCUCGUAUUGUCGAUCCCGGCGGGAAUGGUACAACGCACGGCGAGGAAGUAGCAGCAGAAGCAGAAAAGAAAGGUCUCGGACGACCAGGAUUCCAGUCCGCUGAAUCUAUAGGUGACAUAGCUAUUAGUUGGACGCUGGGAAAAAUGGUUCUCGAAGCAAGCAAAGAGGUUCCACCGCUUGCCACUACCGCCAAACCGUUGGUCGAUCCUAUCGAUGAUAUUCCCAAUAUUGCAGACUCGCCUAUCACCCCGAUUCGACCCCCUUUUUGGCGUUUCGAGGCACUGGAGGAUCGAUUGUCUCAGCACCUACCGGAAUCGUUACAUCGGACCUCACUUGGUUUCUCGCCGCUACUCUUCCUGAUUUAUACGACGUUAGUCUGCGUCUUGGUUCUUCUCUCUUAUCGUCUUCGAAGGCAGGCGCGCACGGCUUGUCUACGUUUCCUGCGCGGCUUUUCCAAAAGGGAUUCACAAUCGUAUUCAAUGGAGGAGGGCAAGUCGACAAUUGUAUUAAACGACCCGCUACCAUCUCGAAUAACAGGGUCUUCCAAAUGGCUGUAUCCUUUCCAGCGUGUGGUUCCCUCCGCAUUGGGGAGUAGUCGCUCUCGUACCCCAAUAGCUUCCCCUUCUCGGCCAUUCCCUAGUCGGUCGCGAUCCGUCCCCGACAACCUUACCCGUAUAAGCACUGGCGUCGAAACGCCCUCCAGUCCGCGCUCAUCCAUAUCCAGAGCACCCUCACCUUCACCCAACGGCUUGGAAGAGUCUCAAAGUCUCUACAACUUGAGUCUGAUGACUAAUGGCGUCUCAUCACGUUCGAGAAAUACGUCGGAAAUGAAUUUAUCAUCCCUGGUCCCUCGACAGGCUUCCCUCGCAUCAAGCAGACUGAACGAUGGUUUCCAUUCUGCAAUUGCCUCCUUCCAAGAUGAAUGA